CCUCCCCAGCAUCAGUGAAGCUCGCUCACCGUCAUUCGACGACGCCCUCCCGCACACACGACCAUGGCCGCGGCGAUGACCGGCAGUGCUCGCGCCAGCACCGGCUCCUUGCUCGUGCUUCUCUUCGUCGCGCUGGCCGGCGCGGCCGCCGGGGCGAGUGCCACCGUUGCCUUCAGCAGCGGCGACAGCAACGCGGCGGCGCUGCUGACGACGCCAGCAUCGGCGUCCCCGGGGCAGCUGAACGGCAUCAUCCAGUGCCUUAUGGGCUGCUUCACGCAGGUGUUCGGCUGUUCGUUCGGAUGCAUGGGCAAGCAGGGCGCUGACCUGCCGCUCUGCAUCAUCAGCUGCGACCAGAAGAGCGUCGUGUGCAUGGUCAGCUGCGGCCUUGCGCCGUCACCGCCAUCACCGUCGCCGCCCACGCCCAAACCACCAGCACCCAAGCCGCCCACGCCCAAGCCGCCCGGCCCGCCCUACACCCCGCCGUACGCCGCCGCUGCCGUCACCGGACGCACAUCUGCCUGAAUAUGUCGACAUGUGCCUGCCAGCUCUCAACCGAUCCAUCGUACCAGUACGUAGUAAUGUACCUCCAUAAUAUGAGCAAAUAUAUAUAUAUAUAUAUAUAUAUAUAUAUAUAUAUAUAUAUAUAUAUAUAUAUAUAUAUAUAUAUAUAUACACGUAUAUUUAUUUAUAACCAUUAAGAAAAAACAUACUAAUCUCAUGCUAUACCUUAUUAUUAACCCGGUCCAUUCGACUGCUCCAAUGCGUUACUCGCGUUAUUAGUAUAUAUGUUCUGUGAAGCAGGCCAAAUUAUGUCAAAUGAGUAGCUAGUACAUGUACGUAAUAUGAUCGUCAGUGUAUUUAUUUUGAUCUUUCAGUAUGAUGAAUGCACUUUGCUCUUUUUAUCCAAAAUGUAAUGCUAUUUGUAAUUAAGUAUGUAACGCAAGAACCAUUAUGCUAUUUAUGCUGGAGGCCGGAAUAUUUCCUUA